AACAAAUAUGGCCGAGAAGAAAACGUGAGAACAUACUUAUUUCGUGCACAUUUCGCACUAAAAUGAGUCAUUCCGAGGCCAAAAAAGUUCUUAAAUACAUAAAGAGAGGAAGCAUAUCCAAAUUGCGAAGUUUUUUGAAGAGGAGCAAAGUGAAUUUAAACGAAAUUCGUGACUCCGAAAACAGAGGAGUGCUGCACUUAUCCUGCUAUUUGGGAGAAUGCAAAAUGACUAGAUUUUUACUACGUUACGGAGCUGAUCCUUGCAUGAUCGAUAACGAGGGGAAUACUCCCAUGCAUAUAGCCUUAAAAUACGCCUUAGAAUACAACAAUGAGACAGUGUUCUUAAAUUUAGUUUUGCCUUUAAAGAAAAAAUCCAAACGGGUUAUGAAUUUAGCCAAUAAAAUUGGGGAAACUCCAAAUGAAAUGUUGCACAGAUUAAAAAAGGCUUUAAAGAGAGAGUUGUCGGACAAGGAUGAAUUAUCUGACAAAAAUUGGAUACAAGAGGAAAAUGAGAAAUUCAGCACUCAAAGACAGGAACAGGAGUGGUAUGAAAAAUUGGCUUUUGAAGAAACGUGUGAGGAUUUCUACUUCAAACAGGACACUUAUGAUUCAUUAUCUGAAGAACAAAGCGAAAGUUAUAAUGAAUGGGCCGAUAGAAUCAGACGUGAAUAUAGAACAAAACAUCAAAAGGUUUUAGUUACAAAUUCAAGGAGCCAAAAGCAAAAAGACUUUACAGUUGAUGAAUCCUUAACUGAAAAGCUUGCAAAAGAACAUAAGGAGUAUAUCGAUAUAGUGAAACUAAAGAGAAUUAAAAGAGAAAAAUCAAAGUAUGAACAGAAUUGUCUUGAUGUGUUUGAAUGUGGUGCAAAGGAUGAACUAACUUUUCAAGCAAUCCCCUGGCCGUGUGCUGGAAGUGCCGCAGAUAUUGUUGAUAAACUAUCUCAGUGGGCUGGUGAGGAUAUUAGUUAUUUGAAAGUACAAAGAGUGAGGUGGCAUCCUGAUAAGUUUUCACAGAGAUGUGGACAUCGCUUAAAGGACGUUGACAAAGAACAGAUUUUGGAUUUAGUUAAGCAAAUCUCUCAAGGAAUUAACUUUAUGAUUAGUUCAAUGAAAUAAAUUGUGAUAAAGCUAAUUAGCUUGAUUUAUAUAG